AUGUCAGUUGCUGAUGUUGCUUUGAGCCCGAUUCAUAGAGGAUCUGGGUUUUGUUUCGGUCACGAAUCAUCAUCAUCGUCAUCAUCGCACUACUCGGUGAAAUCGGUUUUGGUGUUCCUUAGCGUUUCCGGUUCUACGAUGCCUAUGCUCAUCCUGGAGUCCGAUUCGAUCGCCGAGGUCAAGCUUAGGAUCCAGACUUGCAACGGGUUUAGGGUGAGGAGACAGAGACUCGUUUUCAGUGGACGAGAGCUCGCGAGGAACGCGUCUCGUGUGAGGGACUACGGUGUGACCGGUGGGAGUGUGUUGCAUUUGGUGCUCAAGCUCUACGAUCCUCUCCUCGUCACUGUGAUAACCACUUGUGGCAAGGCCUUUGAGUUUCAUGUGGAUCGGCGUAGAGACGUUGGGUAUCUGAAGAAACGGAUCUCAAAAGAAGGGAAAGGGUUUCCUGAGGUUGAUGAUCAAGAGAUCUUGUUUAGAGGCGAGAAGCUUGAUGACAGAAGAAUCAUUGGUGGGAUUUGCAAAGAUGGAAACUCUGUCAUCCAUUUGCUUGUUAAGAAGUCUGUGAAGGAAGAAGAAGUUUCAGUGAAAGUUGAAGAUCAAGACUUGUUGUUAGAGCCUGUUGUUCUCAAUCCGGAUGUGAAGUUGCCUGAGAUUCUAGAGGAUAUGAUUGACCGCACGGUUGAUGGGUUGAAGAAAGGUAAUCCACCGGUGAGAUCAGCUCAAGGAACAGGAGGAACGUAUCUGAUGCAAGACUCUUCAGGUCUUAACUACGUCUCCGUCUUCAAGCCCAUGGACGAGGAGCCAAUGGCAGUGAACAAUCCUCAGAAGCUUCCUGUGUCAACAGACGGUCAGGGGUUGAAGAGAGGCACUAGAGUAGGAGAAGGAGCUACAAGAGAAGUUGCAGCUUACUUAUUAGAUCAUCCGAGAUCUUCGUCUAAAGAAGCUAUGGGGUUUGCCGGUGUGCCACCAACCGCUAUGGUGAGAAGCUUUCACAAAGUGUACAACUUUGGUGGGGGUUCUGAUACACAAGAGGCCAAAGUUGGCUCUUUGCAAAUGUUCAUGAAGAACAAUGGAAGCUGUGAAGACAUUGGUCCCGGAGCUUUCCCUGUGGAAGAAGUUCAUAAGAUUAGCGUCUUUGACAUCAGAAUGGCGAACGCAGAUCGUCACGCCGGAAACAUAUUGACAGGGAAAGGCGAAGACGGCAAAACCGUGUUAAUCCCCAUCGAUCAUGGCUAUUGCUUGCCGGAAAACUUUGAAGAUUGUACAUUUGAGUGGCUUUACUGGCCGCAAGCAAAAGUUCCGUUUUCAUCAGAGACUCUCAGCUACAUAAACUCGCUAGACUCUGAGCAAGACAUUGCGCUUCUGAAGCUCAACGGUUGGGACGUUCCCGAAGCUGUCUCACGGACGCUACGAAUCUCAACGAUGCUUCUGAAGAAAGGCGUUGAGAGGAACAUGACGCCGUAUCAAAUCGGGAGCAUAAUGUGCAGAGAGACAGUGAACAGAGUCUCUGCGAUUGAAGAGAUACUGAGAGAAGCUCACAACUCUGUGUUGCCUGAGUCAAGCGAGGCUACGUUUCUUGAAGCUGUCUCUGUUGCCAUGGAUCGUCGUCUGGACCAGCUCUAA